GGGAGAGCGGAUAUAGUGAAUGCGGGGUCGGGGGGAGAGCGGAUAUAGUGAAUGCGGGGUCCGGGGAGAGCGGAUAUAGUGAAUGCGGGGUCCGGGGAGAGCGAUAUAGUGAAUGCGGGGUCCGGGGAGAGCGGAUAUAGUGAAUGCGGGGUCCGGGGAGAGCGGAUAUAGUGAAUGCGGGGUCCGGGGAGAGCGGAUAUAGUGAAUGCGGGUCCGGGGAGAGCGGAUAUAGUGAAUGCGGGGUCCGGGAGAGCGGAUAUAGUGAAUGCAGGGUCCGGGGAGAGCAGAUAUAGUGAAUGCGGGGUCCGGGGAGAGCGGAUAUAGUGAAUGCAGGGUCCGGGGAGAGCGGAUAUAGUGAAU